AUGUCGCCGAAUCAAAACGCUACUGCGCGUCAACAAUCCAUAUGCUGCUGGACAUGUAAACUUCGUCGCAAGAAGUGUGAUGCAACAAAACCGACGUGUCGUGCGUGCGAAUCGCGUGAUAUCCCAUGCUAUGGCUUCGGAGACCGGCCUGAGUGGAUGAACGGUGGAGAAGAGGAGCGUGCAGAAUUGAACAAAAUCAAGGAUGCAGUCAAAAAGAACAACAAGCGUAAGAGAACAGAAAUGUCUAGGUCUAAGACGGAAGAAAAUCGAGGGAAAAGCCGACGAACAUCCGUUGUCAACGAUGAAAUUCAACCCAUUGAUGGUCGAUCAGAGGUGCAAGAGUCGACGCACGAAUUUCUGGAAGGAGAGACCUCUCUCACAACACCCGAUGAAUUCUCAAAGAAGACGCUUUCGACAACGCCAACGCCGAGCGGCACCCGCUUUUUGUUUGGACACGACCGCGAAUUCGAACUAUUGAUGCACUACCUGGAUCACGUGUUCGCUCUCCAAUUCAGAUUUCAUUCUCCGUCUGUAGCGAGUGGAGGGCGAGGGUGGCUCUUGUGGCUACUGAACGACACACUACCAUUACGCCACGCGGCUCUUAGUUUGGGAGCUUUACACCAGCACUCAUUACUUGCCCGUUCUGUCCGAGGCCAACGAUAUCAUGACACGUUGAAUGAGCUAAACGAGCACCAUAAUCGUGCUUUGCAAGAGCUUCAAAUAUUCUUGCAAAGCAGCUAUGAGGACUCGAUUGGGGCAGAAUCAGGGCGAAAAAGACGACUGCAGAUCUUGGCUUGUGGUGUACAGCUGAUCAGUUUCGAGCUCUUUCGUGGUGGCACAAGUCAAUGGCAGGUCCAUCUUGAUGCCUUAGCUACGGUAGUUCGCAGCAUGGCGAUCAUAGACUCCUCGAGCAAUGGGCUGUCGCCAAGUCAGCUAGAUGUAUACUCACCGGGCGAUGUUAUACAAGGCUAUGGCAGUGAGAUCCAACCUCAUCGCCUUGAGGACACUGCAGAGCACUUCCUGGUCGGAGCUGUGUUGUGGUUCGACAUCUUGUCGUGCGCUUCGACGAAUGAUGCCCCUCGUCUGCAUUCUGAGAGCCCUAGAUUCUUGAAAGACAAAAUCGAUCUUGCAAACAUCAUAGGCUGCCAACCCUGGAUUGCUUUGGUCAUCGGCGAUAUUGCGACACUGAGUGUAUGGAAAGCAGAUGCAACUGUGGCAGGUAGCAUAAGCUUCUGGACACUCUUUGGGCGGGGCGAUCGUCUUCGACGACGUCUAGAGGAUGGCAUUUCUAGUCUCCGAAAAAGUAUUGAUGAAACAUUUGCUGAGCUGGGCCUCUCGCAUCUGGGGACUACGGGCGCGUACCUGGUAUUAACGAAUCCUGCCCUCCAACAAGAAGCCAUCAAGCGAGCGAUCACACUCGUGUUCGCGUAUGCCGCUCAAGUAUACCUCAACACGAUUAUCUCAGGAGCCGAUCCGAAGCUCGACGACGUGAAGAAUAGCGUUGCAGACACAAUGAAUGCCCUACAGGAGAUGCAGUAUGUAUGCGAUGCACAAGCGCUGCGAAGUCUGAUUUGGCCAAUAUGCAUUGCUGGCAGCAUGGCUGGAGAUUUGCCUACUCAGUCCUACUUUCAGAGUCUAAUUCAAGGCCUUGGAGAUGAAGCUCAUGACUUUGGCAACUCCGCCACAGCCUUGAAAGUCAUGCAGAAGUGCUGGUCUUCUCGCAUUGAAGGGUCACCUCAGUUUUGGGACUGGACUACCGCGAUGGGAGCUCUAGGACAGCGAGUAUUGCUCGUCUGA